ACAUAACAAGAUGGCGGCGCCCUGUAGGAAGCUUGCGAGGUCGGUGAUGUUUAAAGGUUUGUGUCAGAUUCCAGGCCGGUCAUUAUGGACACAGAGGUGCCCGGUCAAGUUACAGGCUCUGAGGUGCAUUCCUCCCCGGUGUCUCACCCGACUCUACCAGCCACUGACCACCACCAGGUCGACACCGAUCAGCACCAAAACAGAACAGCCGAGAAGCACCGAUCAGCAGGAAACGACUGACACGCAGAAAGAGCAAAAGAAAGAGACUGAGGAGGAAGAGGAGGAGCAGGGACCAGCGUACAUCCCCACGAGAAAGGCCAAGAACCCCAUGAUGAAGAUCGGAUAUGCCUGGAUGAUAGGUCUCCCUGCAGGAGUAAUAGGGUUCAUUCUGACCAAGAGAGAGGUGGACAAGAACCGCCUGAAGCAGCUGAGGAUUCGCCAGCGGAUGAACCGGUCCAAUGAAGGAGAAUACGAGGGCAGUCGCUACCGCAACAACAGACUGGACUGAUUCCAACUGCAUUGAGAAGAUGUGUGUGUGCGUGCUUGAGUGUGUGUGUGUGUGUGUGUGUGUGUGUGUAUGUUCACUGCCUCUGCUACCGUUGGACUGACGAAGCCUUAAAAAGAGACUGAUGUAUAUGGAUUGGAAACAGUUGUUGAGAGACACCCGUACUACUUUGUAGUACGAAUCGACUGUAAACAAGUCCAUGAUGAUCACACAGACUGUCUGCGUGGAUCAGUAUAGGAUCCAGAGUUCUUCCUAUGUCAUGACCUUUGUCGGGAGAAACGCUGGCCAUGUCACUCUGCUACGUUCAACGGGCCUUUUCUUUCCAGAUUUUUCAAAACAUGCAUCAGUAAGUACACCCUGCAAACUGUGUUCCCAUAUGAUUUCUCUCAACAGUCAAUCGUUUAACAUCAAUAGUCUAAAACGUCCAUUCUUCUCAUGUGGUUCAAUUUGUAAGUCGCUCUGGAUAAGAGCGUCUGCUAAAUGACUUAAAUGUAAAUGUAAAUGUAAUGUGGUAGAAUAGAAGCUUGUCUUUUAAAUGCUUUGAGGUGUGAA